CUCAAAUAUAUCCAGAUAGACCGCAGGUAAAAGAGACAUUCGUCAUAUCAGGUGUGCAUUCUUCUGAGGAAGUGCAGACUGCGCGAUACAGAUUUCCUUUGCUUCCUUGUCAUGAAGCUCAAUUUUCUUGCCACCUUCGUCCUCCUCGUUGCCUUUUCGCCCCGACAUGAAUGUAGAGCGAUCGACAGCCCCAGUCAGCAGGCUCCUGGCACAGAGCGCGACCCACAGCAGCAGUCCCUUCCCAUUUUGGCACGCGUGGGAGAGGAAUACUUCAUACGACUGGGCAACGGAAAUCAGAAUUCACCUUUUUCCGCACCAAACAUGUAUUCCGAAAGCUCCCGGUCAGGCUUCAGAAGAGCUCUGCAGCUCCAGCUAACACAACGUCUGUUACAAGGCAAAGUUGGUAACAUGAAGCGGCUCAUCGCCAAUUACGCACAACAGCCUGACGACUCGAUGGAGAGGGAGCGACGGUCGGAGGAGCCUCCUAUCUCUCUGGAUCUCACCUUCCACCUGCUCCGAGAAGUAUUAGAGAUGGCAAGAGCUGAACAAUUAGCCCAACAAGCGCACAGUAAUAGGAAAAUGAUGGAACUCUUUGGGAAGUAAAAUUGACAUCUAUUCAUCCGCCAAAGAAAUUUUUACAUUUAGCACAAAACAUAAUAUGUACUAUAGUGCUGCCUUUCCAUUCAUUUAUAUCGUAUUUAUUUUAGUAGAUUUAUGCUCAAAUCAAGAGCAAAAAUGUGGAAUUGUAGCCUACUACAGCCUGGUGAUCAAAUAGCUGCGUAAAUGCGUGAAAAGUCAUCACUUUCGAUAAUUGUUGUAAAAGUGCUUAACAAAAUGUAGCCAAUAUACGUUUAAUUUUCUAAUAGUACACAAUCAUUUGGGACUUGAGAGCUA